GACUCGUCAUCAGACGGUUGGGUAAAUUUUUUCUCUCGUUUGUUGCGCUGCUCUUGUAUUAUUUUCGUGAGAGUGUGUGAGUGAGUGUAUAUGUGUGUCUGUGUCUGUUUGCUGCUUGUGACGCAUUCUUGUUUUGCAGCACAAAUCAACGGCAAAAACAAAGUUUAAACGGCGAUGCGAACAUAAUAAACGAAUGAAAGAGGCGUUGAUAAUUGUACAGAGAAAUAAUAUUCAAUGACACAAGAAUAGUGUUUGCAAAUACGCUUAAAUUAAAUAAAGAAAUGAAACAAGUGCAAUAUUACAAGAUCAAAUAAAAAAAGUAAGUCGCCGAACACAGCAGCAAGCAGAACAAGAACAGCAAGCGAAACAGAAACAGAAACUGAAACAGAACAGCAGCUACAGCAAACAGCAGAAGAAAUAAAAGAAAAAAGCAAAGCGACGGCUUCAAAUUGGACAUGUCAUGUCAGCAAGCGUCAAGAUUCAUUACGACAACAACAGCAGCAGCAGCAACAGUCACAGCAACAACAGCAAAAAGCACAGCAGCAGCCACAAAGCGCAUUGCAACACAGCAAUCACUUGCAAGCGCAGCAGCAGCCGCAACAACAACUGCAACAACAAUCACAGUAGGAGCUAAAUUAGCAGCAAAAACGACGCCAACGGUGACACUGUUGGAUGGGGAGAGCGUUGGCGUUGUGGCAGCCGGCAAAACGAAUACGCCUGAGGAUCCGUAUGUAUUCACAGAGACCGUCGCAGCGACACCGCCAAUUUUAUUUAAUGCACAGAAAUCGCGAGCCCGCUUAAACGAAGCGCAGCACAACAGUAGAAACAACAACAACAACGGCAGCAACAGGCAAACUGUUGCAGGCAAAAAGUCGAGCAUUGUUGGUGCAACAGCAGCGUCGAUUGCGCAGUUGAAUGGCACUGCAACAGCAACAACAACGGCAGCAACAGCGAGAGCAACAGCCGCAACAGCAGCAGCAACAGCAAAGGCGCAGGCGUCUUCAGCAGUAACCACAGCAGCAGCAGCAGCAGCAACAACUACAACGAAUUUCAAUAAUGUCACACAAUCUCAAAGGCAGCCAACGUCGCAGUCACAGCUGCAGCUGCAAUUGCAGUCCACGCUGCAGUUGCAGCCGCAAGCGUCGCCGAAACGCGCCACCAAUGUUUGCGUGGUGCGUCCACAACAGCAACAGAUGCAGCAGCAGCAGCAACAGCAACAACUGAAGCAACAGCAGGCGAAAUUGACGACAAAGCAUCAUGCACCGCAUCCACCACCGCCGCCGCCGCCGCUUUACACGCACACACCCUCGCUGUGGCAAACGCCACUUUUAUUGGAUACCACACAGCAGCAGAAGCAGCAGCCACAACAGCAGCAACAACAGACGAACCUCGUCGUUGCCACUGCGCUGGUCAGUCCGCCCAUAUCGCCCGCCUCGUUACCCUCGCCCACAGCGAAUGCAGCACCGCCGACCGCAGCUGUGACCGCCAUGGUGUCGCCCAUUGUGCUGCCACCAGCUGCUGCAGUUGUAGCUGCUGCUGUUGGCGCAAUGUCGCCGCCCAAGGGUGCUUCACUGCCGCCGUCCAAGUUUCAUCAUACGACGCUGGCGCAGCAUUUGCAAAAGGUCGAGUGCCUCAAGAAGAAGAAAUCCUUGCCACUGGCCUGCCAGAACUCCAAUAAUAUUAACAACAACAAUAACAACAACAUUAUUGUCGAGACGCUGCAGAAGCGACAAACAUUUGGAGGUUACAAUCUAACGCAUCCGCCACCGCUGACGGCAUUCAACAGCAACUCAGCAGCGACAACAACAACAAUAACAACACCAACAGUUGUUGGAGAGAAGAAACAUUCCGCCGAGGCUGUCGAUGACAACAGCAGCGAUCUCAACGAGAUUCCAGUCAAUGUCAUCUUUCGGAAGCCGCCUGGCCCCGUGCUUUUGCCCGGUCCUGCCACACAACAGACGCCGCCACGUCCAGGAGUAGCAACAGACGCUAAGAUUGCAGCACAAACAUCCAUGAUGAAGCUGGGUGCUGUGACGCCACUUACGCCGCCAACUCCGCCAUCGCCCGCAAACGCAUCCGCAAUGUCAGCGCCACUGUUGCUGCCCAGCUUGGGCGGAGUGACUGUGGCAGCUGCUGCAGCUCAACCCGCGCCACCUCCUGCCACAUCUGCAGCGGCAGCAGCCGUGCAAAAUGAACAAAUGUCUUCCAAAGUUGCCAAUUCCGCGCCGAAGCGUCGCGCCCCCGCUGCCAACGCCGGCUGUCGAAAAGGCAACAAAACCAGCGUCAAGACAACGGAGCUUCCGUUGUCGUUACCGCAGCCGCUGCCGCUGGCAGCCGUGCAACAGCCAGAGGAGUUGCAACCGCCAGCAGAGCCAGCGUCACGUCGCCGCAAGCAGCCGGCAACGGCAAACAAGCGCCAGGCAGUUGGUCUGAUUAGCGAGAACGAACCGUUGCCGCUCGAUGAUGUGCCCUAUUGCCUGCAGACACGUUGGCUGCAUGACGGCAGUGGCAAGGAUCUGGCCUUGGACGCUACACAAUCGAUGUGUCAGCAGGGAAAUCGUGAUCGCGAGGAACGCAUUGCUGUGCGCAAAGGUUUGCUACGACGACAGGCGUUGCAGCUGCUCUCGACACGGCCGCUGCAGGAGCUGCCGAUGCGAGCGGCACGCCAACGGUUGCAGGGCAUACAGACGCUGCUGGUCAAGUACCAGGAUCAUGCGAAUCAACAGCAGGGCAUCGGAAUUGGUAAUCGCUGUCUGGUGAAUGGCUGUAAGCAGCCCACGCUCAGCAUGGCGGCGCAUUGUGAGAGUCACAUUGUCAACAAUAGCACACAGAAGCUGUUCCAGCCUUGCGUGGCUUGGCGCGUCAAUGGCUCCGCUUGCCAGGCACCCGUCUUUGACAUGCUACACACGUUGGCCCUGUGCUCGGCGCACAGCCAUUUGCGUCCUGGCCUCGAGCAACAAUCGCGCCAACAGUUGCCACAGCAGCCCAAAGGAGACAAGGCGCUGGUGCAGCAGUUGACACGACCUCCGCCUACUCCUGCCGUUCCCGGUCCUGUGCCGGCCUACGCUUUGACUGCAGCCGCAGCAACAGCGGCGGCCACCGCUGGCAAGCGUAAGCGCAAAACGAAUCCCAAUGCCAAUCCGGUGGGACGUCCGCUUAAGCGAGCCAAGAAGCAGCCGGACGCAACUACAACAACAACAGGAGCAGGAACAACAGCAAACAACGCGCCCGCCACAUUGCCCACUGUCAUGGGCAUGACAACGUUGCCGCCGAUGUCGGCUGUAAUGCAACGCAAGAGCAGCACCACAUCGUUGGAAUCGAUUGCCAGCAACUCGCAGUCGUCGGCCAAGUCGCACUCGGCGCUGCAGCCCUACACGCCCACAGCGCCUGUGCUGACGAUGCCGCAGCUGUCUAUCAUACCGCCAGCGCUGGCGCCGCUCAGCGACUAUCAGCUGCAGCAGCAGCAGCUGGCCAAGUUGGAACCCGAGCACCAGCAAUUGGAUGCCAAUUUGUUGGCAAACACCAAUUUCAAGGCGGAUGAGAUUAGCCAAAUUGUGGCACAGCUGGCGGCAGCCGGCAACGAGUUGCACCACAACAACAACAAUAAUAAUAACUUGCAUUACAAUAACAACAUGAGCUACUGCAGCAACAACAACAGCAACAGUGGCAGCAGCAGCAUCAGCUGCGGUUUCCCCUCAUUUAAUGCAGCCUUUGGCAAUGCCAUGGGAACGGGAGCAGGUCAAGGACAUCAGCAUCAACAGCAGCACCAGCAGCUGGCAACAUCGCUGCAUGCCAACACUUCGCUGGCCAGCACAGAGAGUCUGCUGAGCCAACAAAUCUUUGGUAUUUGUGAGAACAGUUCGGCCUAUGCCAGCUCCGAGGAUACGGGCCUAGGUGGUCUGUCCGAGUCGGAGCUGAUAGGCGCGAAUGAUGCUGACGAUAUCGCAUUGAAUGGUGCCCAUUUGCUGGAGGAGCAUGAUUUGGUAAAUGUGUUUGAUACGCUGCCGGAGGAUGCGUUCAACGAGUUAUUUCAAUCCGUGCAACAAGACGAAUGCGAGGCGAUGGAUCGCGCACUCGAAAUUGCCGAUAAGAACCUCAAGUGUCUGCAGCAGACAAUCGGAGGCACGGCACAUGACAGCGCAUUCCUUAACGAUUUCCUCGACGUGGGCGAUGAUCUGCUCGUGAACGCUGUGAUGAACUCACCCAACACAUCCGGCAUCGAUACCUCCACGCUCUUUAUCGAUAGCAGCGGCAGUGGCAGUGGUAUCAGCAGCACCAAUGGCCCUGCCGGCUCCAGUUCCGCAGCCUCUGUGGCGGAUAUCCGUGGCCUGGUGCAUAUCUAAGCCAGCUCCUCCUAACACACACACACACACAAGUAAACACACGCUUCAAGGCGACGCAGCUCGUUAAACAAAAGGUCUUUUGAAAAAAAAACAAACAACACAAAAUCAAAACUUAGAAAAUUUAAAACAAGAAAAACAAUCUAUCUUCACUUCUCAACGCAAGUUGAACAUCUUUUUAAUGCCGAUUGUUUUUCAAUUUUGUCAAGUUUUCCUUUUUAGUUUUUUUGCCGUCGGAUUCACAGACCCGAUUUCUUGUCUUGAAUACCCUUCUAUAUAUACUACUUAAUGUGUAUGAAAUGUACACACACGACAUGCAUAUAUAAAAAGGAUGAAUCAUUUAAUAACUACGUGUUAAUGCAAAAAUUCUGAAAAAAAAUUCCCAAAAAAUAAACUAAAAACACAAAAAUUACAAAAAAAAAUUAUAUAUAUAAACGCAAAAAAAUUAUUUGUAAAUUCGCGUGAAACUUUAGCGUUAACAGUCUUAACUUAUAUUUAAAAGUUAGUGCAACAAAUGAAACGAAAAACAAACAACAAAAAAAACAUAAAAACAAUUAUGAAAGAAAUUUAGAUUGCAG